AUGAAGAAUCCCGACUCAGAGGAUUCCUUCGAAGCAGAGGAAGAUGAUAGUUAUGAUGCUGUAGUAGUGGGGUCUGGUUACGGUGGUUCUGUUGCUGCAUGUCGAAUGUCGAUAGCAGGUCUCAAGGUUUGUUUGUUAGAGAAAGGGCGAAAAUGGGAAUCUAAAGAUUUCCCAACCGAUAGUUUAAGGAUGAUUUCGGCUGUCAGAAUCGAUAACCGGAACUUGGGAGUCAGCUUCGGUCCAAACAAUGCUUUAUUUCAGGUACAUAUAGAAGACGAUUCUCUAGCAGCAACAGCAUGCGGCUUAGGCGGCGGCUCGUUAGUAAACGCAGGAGUGAUGUUGCCCACGCCAGCUCGUGCGCGACGGGACCCACGAUGGCCGAAGCCUUGGGAAAAGGAUUGGGACUUAUACGUGGGGUCCGCUUCGGAGAUGCUAAGGGUACAGAAUAUUCCAUUUGAGUUCCAAAAUUCCAAAAUCAUGCAACAAGUGAUUGAUCACAACGAGUACGAAAAAAACAUCCACAGUAAUCCAAUGAAACUGAGCAUGAGUUUCGACAUUGAAGAACACGUUUCUGAAUCGAGAAAGUCUCUAGAAACUUCCGGAAACUGUCUCGCGUGUGGGAAUUGCCUCUCUGGAUGUCCUUACAACGCCAAAAAUUCCACCGAUAAAACUUAUUUAAUCUCGGCUAUUCAAGCAGGAUGUACUAUUAAAACGGAAUGCGAAGUUCAAUACGUGGUACGAAACAACGAAGAAGAAGAUUUCAAAGGAAGAAGAAGCACGCGAAGAUGGCUUGUAUUUCUCGACGAAUUUGACUAUAUAACAUGUGAUAUGGUUAUACUAUCGGCUGGAGUAUUCGGUACGGCAAAAAUACUUUUUCAAUCUCAAAUGAGAGGAUUGUCAGUCUCGGAGAAGCUCGGCUCGGGAUUGAGCUGCAAUGGCAAUAAUGUAGCUUAUCUCGAUCGGAGCUCGGCUCCAUUAAAUGCUUUUGGUCUGAACAAAAAUCAGUUUUCGAAUAUUCCUUUUCGGGAAAGACCAGGGCCUUCGAUUUCUUCGUCAUAUACUUCUUCAUUGGGGUUCACCAUUCAGAGUGCAGUAAUUCCAACAGCAUAUCCAUGUUUCAUAUUCAAAGGAAUAACAACAUACAAAUGGCAGUAUCGAAAUUCGUUACUCCUACUCGACAUUAUCGACAGGCUAAAGCAUUUCAUCGCAGGCUGGAAACACAACCAAUCGGCAAUGGUACUAAACGCAAUGGGAUACGACGAAAGCAACGGGAAACUCACAUUCGAAAAAACCACAAACAAAAUUACGUUUCUACCCCCGCACGACCCUCUGCUGCCUAAAAAAAUCGAGGCUUUCCAAAAAAUCGCCAAGAAAAUAGGAGGAACACUCUUCAUGUCAAGAUAUAGAAGCACUUCCGUACAUCUCUUAGGCGGCUGUAUCGUCUCGACAGAUGUUUCUUCGGGUGUCUGUAAUUCCGACGGACAAGUUUUCGACCGCUCAUCUUCGAGUGGGGUCCACUCCGGACUUUAUAUUUGCGACGCCUCGUUAAUACCUUGUUCGGUUGGGAUUAAUCCUUGUCUCACUAUUGCAGCUGCAGCUGAGCAUGUGAGUAAGAAUCUUGUCCUAAAUGCGACCAAGUACGUAAGAAAUUUUGUCGGUAAUAAAAACUACGUACAGAAACGGGGAUUUGUGUCGAAGUUUAAGACAAAGAAGAGGUGCGUUUCGGAAGUUACGACGAAAGAAGUUAUGAGAGGGGAAAUUGGUGGAAUGCCUUGUGCAGCUUAUCUUAAAUUGAGGUUCGAUUCUUUGGAAAAUAGUGAAAAAUCUCGUCGAAAUUUACGAGGCAAAGUUCGAGGGUAUAUUUUAUGCAAGGGUAUCGAAACGGACAAAAUGUACAUUGUUCACGGAGAAGUCGACUUAUGUAAAAUAGAUACGAAAACUCCUCACACGCAGUAUAUGCAUUAUCAUCUCCUCAUUGCAGCUUCAUCCGGUUCAAGAUAUGUUUUCGAAGGAAGAAAGAUAAUGAACCCGUAUCUCGUAGGAUUAUACGCAUGGAGGGAAUCCACAACAUUGGAUGUGACAUUGAGAAAAAUCACAAAUAAUAUCGAAGAAAACGCAAUAAAUCUAAAAGGGAAGCUUCGUAUUUCGUUUCUAGAGCUUCUGCAAAGCGCUUAUGCACUCGAAGGUGGAAGCAAGUACAGGUUCAUAUUUCUCUUAAUGCAAUCACUUCUUACAACCUACAUCACGCAAACACCUCGAGGAAGCCUCGUCACUUUCGCCCCGACGAAAUUCACUCGGGAGCCUUAUCCAAAUAGUACGAUUCACGAGGUUCAAACAGACGAAGAUUGUGUAAUAUAUUGCCGGCAUUGGAUUUGCUGCUACAGCCAAACAGAACUUAGCGAACAGAAAAAACCGUACCCUGUCCUUUUAAUCAACGGUUAUUCGACCGAAAGCUAUUGUUUACCAACCGAGCCAAAUGACCUUGUAAGAACUUUACUGAAACAAGGCCGUGAUGUGUGGUUACUUAAGACAAGAUUGGAUCCAUCGAAUAAUUCUUCAGACAUCUUAUCUAUCGAAGAUAUUGGCACAACUGACAUUCCAGCUGCGAUGAAUAUGAUCAAAGUUUUCUACGGGGAAUCGAAAUCGACGAAAGUACAUGUAGUUGCACACUGUGUCGGAGGUCUAGCAGUUCAUAUUUCAUUAAUGGGAGGUUAUAUCUCAUCCAAAUAUAUAGCUUCUCUCUCGUGUACAAAUUCUUCUAUGUUCUUUAAGCUCACCGCAUCGUCGUUAUUCAAAAUGCGGCUGCCCCUCGUUCAAAUGUCGAUGGCGAUAAUGGGCAAGAACAAGACACUACCUCUGCUUCAGACAUCAACCGCAAGUUUCCGACAUCGGCUCUUGAAAUCAAUAGCGCGUUUAAUCCCACGCUACGAAAGAUGCAGUUAUGACGAAUGCGAGGUGUUCUCGGGUAUAUUCGGGAAUACAUUCUGGCACGAAAACGUAAGCGAGUCGAUGCACCACUGGACGCACAAAGAGAAUCUGCGAAAGCUUCCGAUGUCGGCAUUUCCUCACCUCAGACGAAUAUGUAAUACCGGUUUCAUAGUUGACGGGAAAGGUGAAAACUCGUACUUAAUUCACCCCGAGAGGAUGGCGGUGCCGACGCUGUACAUAUCGGGGGGACGACCGAUUCUCGUGACUAAAGAAACCUCGUUUCUUGCGAAUAAAUACAUGAAACUGCACCAGCCUGGCUACAGGCACGAAAGGGUGGUGGUCGAUGGUUUCGGCCAUUCGGAUCUUCUGAUUGGUCAGAAAUCAGAUGAGAAAGUUUUUCCACACAUACAAAAUCAUAUUGAGUUGGCUGAAGAUGAAAUGAGUUCUUUCAAGAAGCAGAGAGAGUAUAAUAAAUGCAUGAAAGAGGUGUUGGCAUGGAGUUGUGAUCUAUAUGAAGAUGGAGAGAAAAUUGGGAGUUGGGUUUUGCCUUUGAUCACCAUUAUAUUACUUGUGUUUAUUUUCAUUAAAUUGUUUUUUCUUUGUUGA